AUGCAGGUGCUAUGCGCUGGUGUGCCGGUCAAAAAUAUUGCUCUCCCGUACGUGAAGAAUGACCCGGAAGCCGUCAGCCACCUCUCGGAAUUGGAGUUGCACACAGACCGGAGGUAACCAUAGGGCUCCAGAUCAUGAGCCCGAAAGACCCAUUGCCACGGCAAGAAACAUCUGGAGUCGAUUACCGGGUCUGCUGCAGUUGUCGGCAAAGUAACUAUGUGAGAUAAACUGGAAGACUACUCGGGACGCGAAUGGCCGAGCACGCAGCAGCAGUGAGGAGGAACGACGCCAGCUCCUCAAUCGACGGGGCCCAACCGCAUACUCAAGUUUAAUGAAGUAUAAAUUUUUGAUAGAGGCAACAACCGCGUGGACCGUGGGUCAUGGUUUUCCGGUCCUCAAUCGAUCGGCAAGCGUAACGACCUCCCUUCUCCAUAUUCGGCAUUUAGACUUCGCCUAAGCAAAGUAGAUAGUCGCAAGGAGAGCGCGCGGAUGAUUACUGUUCCAGUCAAUGUCAGAGAGCCAAGUUGCCCAAGAGUCCACGCGAAUGUCUUAAUCCGGCAGUCAGCCACUAGACGGCGUUGGACGAGCGUGAGAACGAACAAUAUUGACCGACACACAAGUGCAUAACAACUGAAUAUUUUAACAUCUGGCCAGUCGAGCCGUGAUGCACUCGGGCGCUGCAAACUAUAAUAGGCACGUAGCGGCCUAUCAACUGCGUCCUACAAUUACUGCAACACCUGGGAAAUUUGCUACCCUUAUCUGACUCUGUCUGUGAUGAUGGAUUCGAAUGAGAAUCCGAAACGUCAGACUAGUAAAGAUCUUGUUCCAGCUAUCGUGCCUCCUUCCUCGCACUUACUUCCUGGUACUUGCCUUCCCGCUUCUAUUAGCGGGCUGUAGAAUGGGUGAAGAUCAGGGGAGGCAGAGGACGGCCAGCCAGACUGCAAGGAUCUCUUUACCCGACUUAACAGAAGAUCUCUCAAUGUCCACUGUCUAACUCGUCGACAGGUUACGGGUGCGUUGACUAGGUUCUGCAAAAGAUUCACGGUCUCAAAAUCAGGUGCCCUGUUAACGCCAUCGUCUACAAUAGAAAGCCUACUCAAGGCGUCGGCCAUUACGUUUGCACUACCCGUAACGUAUUUCAUUGCAUAUGAGUAAAAGGAGAGUUUGUGCCCAUCGUUGCAUUCUCGGCUGUUCCACCCCUCCUUUUUCAUCCAGUAAACCUAAAAGGGGCCUCUGUUAGUGUGAAUCUUGAAGGGUUGGUCAAAACGAUACAGGUGGAAGCGUUGUUGGCCAAACAUUAUUGCUAAGGACUCUUUAUUUAUCUGCAAAUAGUUGGUCUCCGCCUGGGACAUAGUUCUUGAUGCAAAGGCGAUUAGUAUCUCCGUACCAGAAGGCAUUUGGUCAACAAGAACCGCACCUACGUCGUACGGAGACACAUUACAUUUUAGAAUGGUACGCUUUUCGAGAUCAUAAUGAACCAGGAUAAAUUAAGAGGUAAGAACCAACUUUGGCUGUUCAAAAGCCAUUUGUUCUACCUCCUAUCAGUUCCAGAAACGACUUUUUCAAGUAGCCCAUAAAGAGGCUUUAGGAUUGUAACCGAUUGAUUCAUAAAGCGCCUAAUGUGGGUAACCAACUCCACAGUGCGUGACCGAUCCGAUGAAAUUUUGACCGAUAUACUGAAAUGCGUUUUCGAGUAGGAAGAACUACUUAGGUGGGGUUGCAAUGUUGCCUAACAAACGACAUGAUUCCAUAGCAUUUCAGACUCGGCAUGAUGUCGGCUUUUGAAUUCACCUCCUUUCGACCUCCCAUAGAAGACACAGUUCAUAUUUAUUUUCGAUGGUCUUAUAAAUUCAAAUAUUUUUUAUGAUAAAACAUGCACAAACAUAUACUUUCUUUCACUUGUCUGGUAGAAAAUAACAUUGUCUUUACAUUUUUUACCUAAAGAAUGCGUUUAGUUAGAAUUUAAAAAGUUUCUAAUGAUGAUCGUUUUAAGACCGUGCGACGUCCCUACCCACAACGACGCACAUCUCCGUCUACCAAUGCUCCUUGUGAAACGUACAACAUCGUCCACAUACAUGGCAAAUUUUUUUGAACUUCGCAUGGUUUUUUUUAUAAAGACAUACAGGAAUACAUGAUUUUUCUUGUGCGGAAUGCAUGCACCCUGUACACUACAAUCGCCAAAUGACAAUGCAACGGUUGAUAUGGCCCAAAAUUAUUGGGGAAAUGGGAAACUUUUCCAAACCUAAAUUUAUGCUUUCUUCGGGUAAAAACUGUAAACACAAUGUUGGAUCUUGCCAGACAACUAAAAGAAAGUAUAUUUUUGUGCAUGUUUUCCAUUAAAAAAUAUUUGAAUUUAUAAGGCCAUCGAAAAUCAAUGUGAAAGAUACAAGCUAUUUAAGUAACUCUUGUUUGUCACGUGUGGCAUCUAAAGGAAAUCAAAAGGAAGUGCAUUCAAAAUCCGACAUCAUGCCGAGUCCGAAAUGCUAUGGGAUCACGUCGUUUGAUAGGCAACAUUACAACCCCACCUAAGUAAUCCUUCCUAAUCGAAAACGCAUUUCAGUAUUUCAGCCAACAUUUCAUCAGAUCGGUCACGCACUGUAAAUCCUAAUCUAGAGUGCUAUAGCUGGCCGACGACGAUCAAUAAGCCAGGUCUUAUUUUUCCUAUCACUGUAGUCUUUAUGGAAAACUUUCGACUUCUACACGUGCUAACACGAUGUCUAGUCUCUAGGUGACUGCGCUCAGAUGGGCCGGUUAAUAAUAUGUCGCCAAGAUAUGCGCAAACGUGAUGUUUGUCUUUAAAGAGGCUAUCAAUAAAACACUAAAAAACCGGGCGCAGAACUUACUCCAGAUGGUUGUCUUUCGUAUCGAAACAAACCCCGAUGCUUACUAAUGGUGGUGGCGUCUCGGAAUUCAGUACCGAGGACGACUUGGUUGUAAGCAUACUUCAGGUCCAAACUUGUAAAUUGGUGACCACCUGAGGUGGAUGCGUACAGAUCCUCAACGCGAGGUAGAGGAUAAGGGUUUAGUUUAUUUGCUGAGUUGAUUGUCAGCUUGUAAUCUUCCCAGAUACGCACAUAAUCAUUGGAUUUAAGAAUAUAAACUAUUGGGGCUGCCCAUUCUCAGUAUUGCAUGGGCUCACUAAUGAACGAGCAUGGCGUGCUCGAAGCUGUCCGCCUUGAUUUCUUUAUAUCUGAAACCCUGAAUGGCCAGAGUUAGAUUCGCAAUAAAAUCACUGACGCAUUGAUUAGAUUCCUGACGCAUCUGACAAAACCGAUAGCGGCUCAGGGAGACGUUGCCUUUUCUUCACCAUGCUGACUCGAGCUUUGUGAAUGUUUUUUAAAGAUUAGCAGCCUCUUUGUAAAUGAGGGCAUCGAAAUACCGUCUUCUCAACACUCCGACGUUCGUUCGGAGGAAUUUCAAUUUGGAGCUAACGUCUAGUGGCAUUGUGGGCGACAAACCGGAAGCAGUUCAAUAUAAUCCUCAAAUGUCUUUCUUCAUUGUAACCACAAGUCAUUUGAGGGCUUCGGAGAUCUUCCGGUUAGAAAGGUACCGGUGUAGGCAGCAAUGAAGCCGUGUUAGUUUAACUGCGUCGCCAACGUUAUGUAUCCAAAACAGAAGGCCAGUUGCAGACAGGACCUGUACUAAGAACAGAAGACAGGACGGGGGGGUCUUGUGGACACGGCUGGAUAUGUGACAGAGGGAAUGUCAUAGGCUAAAGGGUGGUCAAUUAGCACGAACGUCGUCUGAACGGGGGUACAUGACGUUGGUCACGCGCAUGUGGCGUGAUGUUCGGACAGUCGGGGCCGCAUACACUGCAAUAGGACCGAUUGCAAGUACUUGAGACCAGACUGAAGGCCAAAGAGCCGUGAGCACGGCCCUUCUUGUAAUUAUGCCAGGUCGAAGGAAGUUCAUCCACUAGACGCUGUGAGCAGACAUGCACAUCAACGGAUUGAUAACCAGUUGGUCAGUCCGUGUAGCCUUAGAUAGCUGAAUAGAGUUGUAUGGACGUCUGCUAGGUACCUUCCUGUCGAAUGCCCUUUUUACGGUACAAAAGACGGAAACGCAAAUCAGACGUUCAUGUGGUAACUUAGGGAGGAGGUGGCCGCCCGGUUGAGGUUUUUUUUAUCCAUGUGUUAUCUUAAGGGCCAUCGCGAAAAACAAAGGUGCCCUCGUAAUGCUUUCCACCUCAACUAACGGGUUGAAUUUCACAAUGUGUACUCGUGGCUUUCACAAAACCCACUGGAUCGCAGAAUAUCAUAUAGACGUUCCAUUCGGCAUAGUGCUACCGUUCGCACAGGUUUCGAACUCCAGGGCAAAAAGAAAGUUCGAUAUUCUGACCUGAUAUUCAGCAAAUCCAGUAGACCCCAUUCGCCGCGCGAAUUAAAAUAUUCUUAAACACGAUCGGGAGAGCGUCAUGCCAUAAAUCAAUCAGUAGAACGCUAAACUCAGUCGGACCAGAAUCCAGAACGUAUGUAUUUCCGGUGUGAGCUUAGUGCGCAGCUGGCCGACAAAGAGACAUCAAUCUGAACUUGCAAAUAUAAUUUUGUUUUCCCAUUAACCUAAUUUAUUGCUUGGCCACAUGGCCACGACUUGAAAGACCAGACUACUUAGGAAAAAUCACAUAAUGUGCGGGCCGAAGCCUCAAAAAAACUCAUUCAUACCUAAAAUGAACUUAUGACAGUCAGGAGUCCGCUAGGGAAUUUGUAAAGUAGCGUGAUUUCUCCUAACUUCCCCCUGUUAUGGCCUAUUUGCUUUCGAUUUUAAACGUUACAGGGAAAUACGUGCAACCUUGUUCCUUAAAAAUCCCUCAACUGUAUGCUAAGUUAUAUAUCUUCCGCAGGAAUGCGUCGUUCAGAAUUAGGUCGCAGCUUAAAAGCCUUCUCGCUAACAAACCAAAUUGCCUGAUUUCAGGAGUGAAAACGAUCAAGACGACGCUGAUUGGGUCUCAGAGACAAUAACUGCGAUUCCCUCGUCUUAUCCAAAGCCGGCAACCUCUACACCACUGUCUCAUCCUCCUCUCCGUCCCACUCCUCUCCCUUCCGCUCCUGGUGAAAUGAUGUCACCGCAGAUGGCCUCUCAGCCCCAGAAGAGGCCAGUCUUCCGGGCACACAGUCUAGCUGACCGGGACUGGCAGAAAAUUCAGUCAAUGACGAGCAGAAUUCGCCAGAAGAAACUUUCUCAAAGGGCUGCUGGAUUCCAGCCAGAAGAUGAGCCUUAUCUGGUGCAGGCACGGCCAGCGGGUAAGCCGCCCGCCAAGUUCUCGAAGAGUUCAGAAUCUGAAGCAAGAUCAGCAGGUCAACAGUCAGCUGAGAUCGCCGGCGCACCGCAGGAGAAGGGCUCUAGGACAAGUAUGAAAGCCCGUUCAAGUGUCAACCUCUCACUCAUCCUGAAGGGUGCGUCUGCCAGCAAGCUGACCUCCAGAGUGGAUAAAUUUUUGCUCUCGGAGGAAGAGCCUAGUAUCGCUGUACGUAGAGAGUCAGGCACAAGAGCAGGAUCCAUUUUUGAUCAUGUGGACCGCAGUAGCCUUUCUAUACGAGGAAUCCCCGCGCCGAUUCUAGUUCCGUAUGCGUCCAUUGAAGGUCGCGAGGUGACUACUCUUCGCGUUGCAUCCCAUGCCUAUCCCCUUAGUUCCGACGAGAUUCGCCUAAUUGAGGGGACUCUGCAGAAUAGGAAGCAAGAACGUGAGACUGAAAACGUCUACGAGUGCUACCGCGCCAGGCGAACGACCACGCGCACAACUUCUACCAAACCUAGUACUCGACAGAGAGGCAGCAAGAGUCUCAAAGUGGAGGAGACGACGGACCUGGGAAUGCGCAAUUCACCAGCUGAAAUCGGCUUUUUAACGCGAAAUCCCGACCUUGUGUUGCAACAGCUUCGCAGCCGCCUAGACCCCGGGACUCUGAGCUGUAUGAUUGAAGAUAUUCGCAACUACCCCUCCGUGAGCAGGUCAAGAACCAUGCUGAGUCAGGCCAUGACGAAGGCGAUUGAUCUCCAGAAGAAUGAGGUCCAUGCAAACGCGAAGUAGGUGUUUACCGUGAAAGCUAUAUCCGAAAGGUAUAACAAAACCCCAUCAAAGGAGAUAUGCGAGUAGGGCAGCUGCCUAAAUGUCAGUGAAAGAGAUAGUAAUAAUUUUUAAGAUACAUUUAUUCAAAAAAACUGUUCAUAAACCUUCGCGGUACAAACGCAAAGUCAGUUGAUUUCAAACGAUCUCCUUUUGACUCAUGUUUCCCUUAAAAUACAUUCCUGGCCUAUUUUAAUGGCAAUGAUGACUUAGGAGCCUCCAUUUAAGAUAUUUCUAGAUGGACUUACCUCUUGUCAAGAACUACGGUGUUUUUGCCGCGGGGUAUAUUUCAUGUUAUAGGUAAUAUACCACCCACGGAAACUCAUGAAGAAUUAAAUGAAAUUUGUGAACAUGAGUUUAAAUAGAGAAAAUUGUCAACCUGGUUAAAACAGUGAUAUUUGAAAGGAAACAUAAACUCGGAUUCUUUCGUUCAUUUUAUAUGUCGGUUCUUUAGGAAUGCCUUCAUUUGAAAAUAAAUUGACGCUUACGUAGCGUGGAUUUUUUGCUGUACCUCCAUGCACGUAUAAACCCAAACGAUGCACUUAGAAGAAGUGCAUUUAACCUAUAUUCCUUGGGUUAAUGUUGUAGGAAAUUAGGCAUUUCUUUUUUUAUUUCCUCGGAAUGUAAUGCGCACUUAGAGUAAAUACUUCGUAACAAAUAUCGGCACAGGAUCGGCGGAACGCGCGCAUGUGUGGUUCAAGCCGAUACCUGUGCUGCUAGUAUGGCAAAUCAAUCAACCAAUUAAGCUUUAUCAAAUUUUUUCACUUUGAGCAAAGCCGCACUUGGAUCGAAAAGUUAGGACUGGUGGAUACCUUGGACAUCUGCAAGCUUUUUUGCUUGGACGCAUCGCCCCAAAUUUAUCACUGGUAUCCGAACAUGGGAAUUGGAACACCCCGGUAAUAUUGGUGGCAUCACGCAAGGAUUCAGGGAGGGCAAAUAGUCCCGUGGCCUAAUUCUAGUCUAAAUUUUAAUUUUGGCCUUAAACUUAGUCUUAGCUUUAACCCUAACCGCAGCCUUAGCUUCAAUCCUAAGCUCACUGGAAAGUAGCACAACAUUUGCCGGAAUCGGAGACAUUCCUAUUCCCAUGUCUUGCGAAUUCAUAAGCUUCGGGAAAACUUAUAACACGAUCUCCCUUUGAAAUAGGAAAAAAUUGGCAGACCAUUCGAAAAUCUAAAUGUAUACUUACUUCUAGUAUACAAUGUGAGGAUGACGUAAUUUCCUGCAAAACGUAGAUGGACUAGGUGUCUGUAAAUCUGUCUAGGAAAUAUUAUUUAAUUCGCAGACUGCUUGCAUGGCACUUUCCCCAGGGGUAACUUUCGUAGCUGUCAGGAAGGAUGCUCAGCCAAAAGUAAGCAGGCUCGUCGCAUUCUAAGUUGGGAAAUUCCCCGUGAUCUAGCAGCAUAAAUUGACCUUUUGACCACCUGAUAUUCUCGUUGUAAGUAACAUUAAUAAAUCCCUUUUCGCCAGAGAACAAUACUGCAGGACAACUUGUGCCCCAGGGCGGCUUUUCAUUAUUUUGAGGAAACAGUUUUAACCCGGACAGCAUUUGAUUCAUAAAAGACACUUUUGACAUUUCGGCCUUAUAAUCUCCCCAGAAACUAGUGCGCUAAUAUAUAUAAAUAACCAAUGAAAUAAUCAUUCACAAUAUACUUUCGUUGCCUUAUUUUGAAAGUUUAUAUGGACGUUUGGUACGAAAUUCAUCAGCUUCAGCGGGAUAAUUGCCUAAUAUCCAUAAAUUGCCAACAGGCGCCGAGUAGUAUACACUUGUUGCAUAACUUUUCAUGCCGAUAUCAGAGGUACUAUCUAAAAGCCCACACACGUGUUUCGACGAUAUUCUGCGCUGCGUGACUCAGUUGCGAGGGCUUCGUCACACCACUGGAUCCCAUCAGUUUUUACACUUCUGAGUCUUUCAUAUUGACCCAAUUGUGAAAAAUUCGGCGCCUCGGCGGGAUUCGAACCCGCGCAGUAAGGGGAAGGCUUUCAUACAGCCAACGCUCUAACCACUUGAGCUACGAGGCCCCGCCGGACGACGCCGGACUUCCGAGUCUGUCAAUCUCCUUGUCAAGAAUUAUGUAUACAACGCCUGACCAUAGUGGAGAUCAUUUGUAGUGACCCUGCUGCAACACUGCGCCUUUGGUGCGAAAUGAAGUCGAGUGGGAAGUUCGCGAUGAUUGAGCUCAACCACGUCUGGCGGUAGUGUUUCGUUCACAUUGGAUUCACCAAUGUCGCGGCAGCUAAAGCCAUAGGCAAACCAAGGCCGCUACUACCUUCAGAGCCAGUUCAGAAUAGAAAGAGGAGUUGAAUGCCAGUUGCUAGGGCAAUGGAUUUUGUGCUGAAAGAUUGGAGAACCGGUCGAAAUAAGUUGCCAACCGGGCGAGAGAACACAUCCGGCGACGCGAACGUGACCGAGAAUCGAACGUUCACUGAUGCGCACAUGCAAGCACUCGCGAGUUUGAAAGCUCAGAACAAUAAGCAGGCUGUUCCGCUGCUCUAACAGUCUUCUUUUCGGUAUUUGCUUAUGAGGAGUAGUCUCCCUUUAAAUAUAGUAAAAGAGCUUUCUGCCAUCCAACUAGCAAAACUUUUUAUUUGGUUCAUCUUAGUCAUUUAUGAACAUAGAGGGAAUCUGGAAGCACAAAGGAUUCAGGCAGGGUCAGUUGCUAUAGGCCAUAUCAGAAUAUUCGCGCCGAAAACAUGCGCUUGUCUUCUGAAAAGGUUUCAAAUUAUUCCAUCUUCAGGCUGUACGGUACAUCUCAAAUCAGCAUAUGCCUGAGCGUUGGUAAGACGAAUGACUUAAAAAUUGAGCUAUGGGGACAUGGGGUCUUGAAAUGCUCGAAUGGGUAAUUACGCCUUUCACAUGGGAAGUACUUUAAAGGACGUGCAGUUUUAGAGGGAUUGCAAGCUGGAAUAACAAUAAAAUAGGUGCGAAUUUAUGACGGAAGGGUUUUCACAGAUCAGGUGUACUCAUGAGAUUGUGUCUUGCAGUUCAAUCUAGAGUCCUCGCAAGCAGUGGCUAAGCAGCUAGUAUAAAUGCAGAGGAGGGGAUACCGACAAAGACAAGGGGGACUCUGUGUCCACUCCUAGCCUUUUUUGCCGUCGCUAUCGUCGUCGCCGAAAUUACUUUCAUACUUGAAAGUAACAAAAGACUUUCAUGCCUUCUGCUUUCAGAACUAUAGGGAAAUAUGUACAGCUGACCUGGUGAUUCCAAAAGAUGGGUUGACGUAAUGCAGAUUCAGGUCGCAUUUAAAUGCCGUUCAUUGAUCGAUCCCUAUCUCAGAAUCUGAUGUACUCACUCAACUUUGCAGUCAGGACCAAUCAAGAAACGUCCACUAAAUGUGGCUUGGACUUGCAUGACCCUAGUUCAACUCUUUAAAUUGCCAAGCCAACGGUGAAUCCGCAAUCUGGACCAACAAUCAGGCCAAAUCCAUGAACAUUAAUUCUGCGGAAUUUUGAGUAAUGCUGAUUACAGUCAGCGGAACGUGGACCAGUAGUACAUUAAUUUACUUAAAGACCCACUGGAUUGAAACAGGUGUGUGUCUUCAUAUCUUUCGGUUGGGAUAUGUCUGGCCGACAAAAAAGCGAAUAAACCAGGGACGGUAAUGCCAGCCCCCCUAAGUAAUAGUGUCAUUAUAUUUUUCUAUCGAAAAACAUUAUAGCACCGCACUCAUAACAUUCCCUAAAUAAUCCCGUAGUGCUUAAGAAUCCAGUUUAUAUCAACGAAAUUUUUAGACCUAAUAGGCAAACCUGGGAUCUACAUUAUCUGGGACCAGAGUUGUUGAAUGCUGUUGAAAAAAAAUUCACACAAUGUUCUACAUAACAACUGUCAGUCCUUCUCAUAGAAACGUGCGCAAAGUAUUUGAAUUUAUUCAUACUAGCAGUACUUUAUUCUUAGCUCCAUGUCCCCGCCAGGUGUGCAUCCCAGAAGCAACGACGUGCCGUCAGCAGACCAUCGUCGGUGAAGCCCGAGGAUUGGCAUCGUAUGGCGCCAAAUACGCAGGCGCCAACACGGAUUCCACUGCUCUACAAUGGCAAGAAAUUCCACUGCCAGCAAAAUCUUUUGGCGGAAAAGGGUUACCACAAGUUUGGAAACAAAAUCGGUGAUUAUUUGACCCGAAUGGACAUCAUUGAGCACAUCCAAAGUUCUAACCAGAAGAAGGGUAAGUGCGUGUCUGAAACGUCGGUAAGAGUACACUACACAAAGCUAUAUGCCAAGUAACUUCAAAAACACUUGUUACAUUUCUAAACUACGAGCAAGCACAUGUAAUAGACAGCUGAGGGAACGUAGGUUGACAACGCCUAACUAGUCAGUGAUUACUUUUACUUGAGACUUCUGCGAGUUCAGUUCAUCUACCUGCCUUCGAGAUGCAUUUCGCUUUUACCAGAUUCGAAGUAUGUACAUGAAAACGGUAGGGACUGACUCUAUGGUUGACACUAACUGAGGGCAGCCAGUACUUGGCUUGUUAUUUUCACGUAUUGUCUCGUGCAGCAGAAGUGCUCGUGGCUGUCUGAUAUGCAAAAUUCGGGCCCUCACAUCACCUUAAUCCUCGUUUCGCAAUCAAGUAUACACUAGAAUGGGGGGGACUCGAUAGUCUGAGACUUCGGAAUUGCACUCGAGCUAAUAUUUGGCGAAAACAACAGCCAAAGUUUCCAGACGCACAGCGAAUACGACAUAUAUAGCAAGUAAAUGCUACGCAAACAUACACAUACUAUAGUUAGGAGCUCCAGCAUUUAUUACAUAUAUAUAGUUCGUGCAUGCAUAUCUCCGGUUGAAGCGAAAAUGCGCGUUGCCGGACAUAACUGAGAAAGUAAGGCGAUCACAGGCACCAUGCUUUUAUUAGUCUGGCGUUUCGAAGGCAAACAAGCUUCCAUCAUCGGAGGCUGGUUGCGUACGGCACGUCACAGUAUUAAAGGGUUUUUCUUCGUGCUGGGGUGUCACUGACUUCCAGCGCCUUGCAUCACGGAGUUGGUGGUUAUUUUUAUGGUGGCGUCGGCUCCUCUUCAUCCUUUUUCGGGCGUGGGGGGUUGACGUCGGGGUAACCGCCGCCCUUGCCCUUGUUUGCAUUGUCUGUUGUCCGCCCUUCACGUAUCUCGCCUUUCUGUCCCGUUCGCACCUGCCCAUAACCAUGUGAACGGUGGUUUUCAUGCGGGUCUGCAAUCUUUUCUCGGUCUCUCCAGCGUAGUUUGCUUCGCAGAAAUUGCGCUGGAUCCGAUAGAUGACGUUGGCUGUUUCGCCUCGUGGCAGAGGUGUUUUUGGCCUCAUGACCAGACCACUAAUUGUCGCUUCGGGAUCGUGGGCGAUACCGAUACCCGAUUGUUGCAAGAUACGAGCAACUGCUUCGGGCUACCCAAAGUACACAAACAUGGUUGCCCACUUCGUCCUAUCGUGUCUUUGGGCUGGCCAAAUGGAUGUUCGGACGCCUGAACUGCCUCACCUCGGGCUCCAAUGUGACGGUCCGUUCAUUCGUCCAUUUCCUGGAAAGACUCAAAGGGUCACAAAUUAACGGAGACAAGGUCAUGGUAUCGUUCGAUGUAACCUCAGUUUUCGCCUGGAUCUCGACAGCCAAUAUACUGAGGCAAACAACACAUCUAAGCGGGCACAUCUAGCGCAACUGCUCAAAUACUGCCUGCAAGCGUUUUUCAACUUUGAAGGGGCUGUACAGAAGCAAAUCAAAGGUACGCCGAUGGGCUCACCGCUAUCCGGUUUCAUCGGUGAAGCGGUUCUUCAAAGAUUGGAAGCUUCGGUGUUCGCAAAAUACAUGCCAAAAUUUUGGGCGCGGUAUGUGAAGGAUGCUUUCGUCGUUCUGAAACAGGAAAUGGUCUCAAAAUUCCAUGCGCUACUGAAUUCUGUAUUUCCCGAUAUUCAAUUCGCCAUGGAGACAGAGGACAACAAUCAGAUCGCGUUCCUAGACGUUCUGGUUCAUCGCAAGGUCAACGGGAGCCUGGAAAACGGUCUACAGGAAGGCCACCAACACUCAGCAAGUUUAUAAGAUGAAUUGAAUAUCGGAAAAUACGGAGUAUUUAUAGGAUUCAGUCGCUAUGCUACUGCGAACCAGCUACUAGCAUAGCGAUUGCAUCCUGUAAAUACUGGAACUUCCUGUGUAUGAAUUACCUGUAUCCGAUACGGUCUCUGGUGAUGGGUUCGAACGUAAGUCCGAUGUGUCAUGCGAAUAAAGCUUUUGUUCCAGCGGUCGCAUCUAUUUCUUCUCAACUACUUCGAGAACCUCGCAUUUUCGUUUGUGUCUGUGGAGUAACUAUUUUGUUCAUUACCGAUACGAGCGAAGUAAUCAAGACAACCGAAUACUCGGAUGUGGGUCACAAAACCAUCAUCGCACCAAGUAGGGGACCAUGUGAUGAAUGUAGAAGCUGCUAAUUCUAGUUGGCGCGCGGUUGUGUAACAACUACAUUCAGUAAAUGCCGUAUUUCCUGUAGUUGCAAAUGUUUCCUGUUGUUAUCUCUGAUGAUUACUUUGGGAGUAAAUCCGAAACGUUGGAUGAAUUACGCUUUUCGUUCCACAGAUCAAAUUUCCUUCUGAACUACUUUCUGGGAAUUAAUUUUUUGCAUGAAUUAUUUUGCGUCGGAUGGCUUAUUUUUAUGGCCCAGUAACCUUAUAUCUAUGUAAAAAAAACUUAUGGAGGCUUCCCAUGCAACAGUAGACCUAACUAGGUUAGCAAUGAAACUCGUAACUAGUCAUGCGCAUAUUAGAUCAUCAAUAACCUAAACUGGUUACGUAUUUCAGAUAUCCGACUGCAAAACAGGGUGGUUUGUUUGAGGCAGUCAUGUCCGCACGAAGAACCAGGGUGACUAAACAGCGCCUAUACCUAUAACGACCAAGAGGCCUGUUCCAGUACGACCGUAAAAUGGUUGACGAAAAAAAUAUCGUCUCAAACAUCUUUACGGUCAAAGAGUCUGACCGCAGUGGGUCGCUUUCGUAAACCGCCGCUAUUGCUGUUGACUUCUCCCAUCCCACUCAUCAUCUGAUGGUUCCUAUUAGUUAAGCCCUUGUGAACUUUGGUGAUUGGACCAAACAGUGACAAGAAUUGCAGUGACGAGGCGCAACCCAAUAGGAAUACUUUGACCGUAGCAGUAAAGCAUUUACUUUACAUUAGGGAAGAUCAUAAAAUAUUAAUGCUUUGUAAGAAGACGCAAAAGGAGGCAUGCAGUUUCACUAGCAUAGAGAUCGUAACUCUACUUUAGCUCUCGCAAGGGACUGUGCAUGUCGAUCCGUAUGAGUGCUCGGAGCAAGCAAUUUCUGUGAUUCAAAGAUAAGUAUCCCGAAGAAGUCACCGCCUGCAAAGUCGAGAAGAGACGAAAAAUCGGUAACACGUGUGGAACGAAAAAGGCAGGUAGUACCAGAGACAGCAAAUUUUCAGAAAUAUUCGAGCCAUCCUCAACCAGUGAGAUAAAAAUUGCAACCAUCAAUUAGUCUUACUCGAUAAAGGUGACAGACUACCCCGGGUAGAUGUGUUACCCGUUAGCCUAGUUGCUGGCGCGUCGACAGGUGGCGGAUAUUGGAAAGAGGCUUAGCGAAGGUUAGCUGUGAAAUAAAUAGGCUCUCAGGUCUGGUGAAUAAGCAGUCGCGGACCAGCAGCCACACAGAGGGCUGACGUCUGGCACGCCGACUGCCUUAUAAAAUGUCGCAGUUUGAUGGAGGCGCUGUGACAUGACGACCGUGAACUGCCAUUAAAUAAGUUUCCUUGCCACCACUGCCUUAAACUCAGUCUCUUUGGCCGGAAUGAUAAAGGAGACUAAGUCAAACAAAAAAUCCAAGCGUCUGUUGGAGACUCGUCUGUACUCAAAAUCCACAAAUCUCAUUAAAAUGUUACGGCGUCCGUAGGGACCGAGGAGUUACGCAACCCUGGCCAUGUGGUGCACGACAAGUAGUAUGCGAGCUUGACUGCUCAGUGGGAACUAACUAAUGGUACUGAACGCUGUAAUAUGCGAACGGUCAGAGACUGGUGCUCCAACUCCGACAGUACAGUCUUAAUAAGCAUAACGUGGAUUUCUGUCACCUGCCCGAAGUCGGAUUUCGUAGCAAAUGUUCCGGAGAAAUAAAGAUCCCGGGAGUUAAUUCCCACUUCUCCCUGUACUGCGGCGGUCCACGCGGCUCCUCUGGUAGACACGGUCUGACGAUCGCCCCCUCGCAACACUGGAGCCGUGCAUUACUGGCAUGGAAACCGGUCAAUGACCGGAUGGCUUACAUGCGACUAAAGGAUCAUUUCACGAACAUCUAUGCCGUCUCGUGUGCGCAACAACAUCCGCUGCCGACCAGCGUGAUACAUAAACUUUCUAUUCCUCACUGUAUGAAUUGCUUGAAAGGCUCUCACCGUGUUCUCUGAGACUGUAAUAGCCGAACUAGACACGGAGACUCUUCAGUCACCAUAGUGGCUGUCUUGGACUUGGCUUUCGGUGUGACAAUAGUGAAAGGAUGAUGAAUUUUGCUUAUCAGAACCGACUGCUUGUCAUCAUCACGUACUUCCGGCAUUGUCACAAACAUCUGCUGACCUGCUUAACCAUACGGCCAUUCAGGUGGACUACAAACUAGCUAGCUCAUGGUUCCGCAACUGUGUUCACGAUAUCGGAUAGGUACGUGGGGGCAAAACUGAUAACGCCCCUAGGUCAGACCAUUUUUUCGUUCACACACACCUGAACGUUGGGGGUACUCGGAAACCCUACCAAAUUAUCCACCGAAUUAGUGGUAUAUUCUCUGCACUGGGUGACUGUUCGAGAUGUGAAUGGCGGCUUCAUUACUGGCAACUUGGCCGGCGCUGGGCGAUGGCUUGAACAACUCAAGCACCCCCUCAACUUCGAUGAUCAAUUCAUCACACCCUCUAUAUCCUGUGGAGCGGAAUUCCAUCCAACUCUAACCUACGUAGCGUCAUACGACCUUUCUUCUGAGGCAGAAAUCACUGAUGCAAGACGGGGGCUGCACAACAGGGCGUCCGAAGAGGACGGUAUCCCCAAUUAGAUCUACAAGUCUCGUGUCGACAUUCUGGUACCCUGGCUCCAUGAGAUGGUUCAGCAAGCUUAGGGAAAUGGAGUUGUUUCUGAUGACUGGGGUUAGGGCAUCUUUGUGCAAGUCUUCAAGAAGGAAGAUAACACAAACGGCGAGAAUGCCCGCGAAAUAAGCCUAAUCGACGCGGCCGAGAUUUUCGCUGUUGCCCUACUCAAGAGAUUCCAGCGUGCGCAUGACCAUAGGACGCGCCAAACUAUGCCAAAGUCCGAGUUGGGUUUGGAUGCGCAGACCGAAUAUUCACACUGCGGUGCAUUUUGAAGUCCCGAUACGGCAGCCAGCAACCGACAGCCGUCUGCCCUGUUGAUUUUGUCGCAGUGUCUAAUUCCGUCCAUUGGGAGUCCCUGUGACGAUUAAUUAAACUAGAUGGUACACCGACAAGAUCAUCCCCACCAACAGGCCUACUGUCGUUCCGCCAAUGAGCGAGUUUUAGUGCGUAACAAUCUCUAUCCACCAUUCAAUAUUCGAUCCAGCGGCUGAAUGAUCUCGGCUACGCUGACGAUAUCGCCUUGCUGGUCUCAAGUUCUGGUGAUUUACAAUCUGUGGUCAUGAAUGAAUGAAUUCGUCAAAUCCAUCGGCUUAUCCAUAAACGCUGGGAAGAUUAAAGCGUUUUCAAGCUGCAUACCUGACCAGGGGAAGGCACUCCUCAGGAUCAAUGACCCUCAACUUCAGCAAGUAGACAGUUUCAAAUGUCGGGAAUGGGCGUACACCGAUCUAUUGGCUCAGCAAAGCAAACAGUCUCCGUAUGUGUCGUAAAGGUUAAGAACAGACAACUAGCCACCAUGUGCGAAACCUGGAGCUGUUUGACGGCCGUUGCCUGACGACCAACCGCUGACGUCAUCUAAGAAGGGCGGCUGAGGUGAUUUGAGUAUGUUAGCCAGCUAGCUGUUGCUACCCGCCAUCCCGCCACCUCAGAGACGUCGAAGAGGAGGCCAACUCAAAAACUAGCUCGGCACAGUUCGUCAUGACAUGAAAGGGGCUCUUGGACCUUCGGUACUCGAUCUGCGUCGCUGAAGAGAUUGGGCUAAGCUGUUUUGACCCGUUGCCACGGAUCGCCACGCAUGGAUAGGUACAAUCCGUGACAUCAUCGAGCCCAGCUGGACCAGGCAUCACCACAGAUGUACCAAAACGACAGUUCGACCGUCGUCAGCGACGAUGGCUACCGUGUGCUUCACAGUAGGUCGAAUGUAGGGACAUUGAGUUGGGUGUGAAUUAGUUGACUUGUGUUACGUCUGCCGCACUCUAUCCUCCUUCAACCUCCUGGACCUGGUUCCAUGAGAGAUUCAAGAGUACUGGAAGCGGAAUCAGGUGCAGGUGGCUGGAUCGACGAGAACCUACGCCUAGGCGUCCCACCACAAUCCCAUGUAUGGCAUUUGUUGUGAAAAUGCAGCCCAAUAACGCCCGCCCGACCCUGAUUUGGCCCCCAGUUGUGUGACAUCCGAGUGGCCCAUUGUGGGGGUCACGACAGAUGUACCAUGUACAAGAGCAUAUUAGUGGAUUGCGCAUUGAUUGGGUUUCGGUGACAGAGACUCAUGUAGCAUCAACUCCGGCAGUGAGGCAAGGCCAAAGUUAGAGGUCGGCAAGAGCGCAGCAUCUAAUCUGGCGUAAAGUCCAGACCGACAAGUGUCAAACAAAUGUUGGUCCCUCAGCUCACAUGGGCUUGAAAUCGCUCGCUUCGAUCUAGCACUGCUUAGUCGGCAAAAGGGGUCAUCGCAGCCUAACCGUCAGUCCGGAAAAACCUGCUAUCCCGCAAUCCAAUCCAGAUCCGAGUCAAAAUAUAGCCGACAAUGUAGGGAAGAUUGGCGCACUAUAAACUCGCGAUUUGCAAGGAUAGUCCGGCCAACUCCAGACUAUAGGUACUGGAAUACAAAUCCCAACUAGGGGCUUCUAACAUCGUCAGCGUAUUCUUCCACCAAGUCGGUAUCCCUCAUCCGACAACUUUGACAACGCUCCGUGCUAUGGCAAGAAACCUGAGGAUCCUUUUAAUGCGUGUCGUUACAUAUGUCAAGGCAACUCAGCAAAGACUGAAAACACACACAAGCCCAAUAAAUUCUACUGCAACUAGACCUCAGAUGCUCGAACAUCAGCAUCAGCUGAUUUGACUAGUAACUGUCGGGUAAUUACUAACGAGGUAGCUGCCGGAUAAAUUUCCGAGGCUCCCAGCCAUGGAGAGGCAAGAGUUGACAAGGUAUUACUUCCAGAACGGCUAUAUGGGAGGGAAACGGAAGCACCACACGUCACGACCGAUUGCAUAGGGGUUAUGUGGAACACGGAAAUGCUAAAAAUCACGCAAAUAAAACGACCUCAGGGACAGAAAUGCUUCUCGGCUGAUCACCAAGUAGAUACCUUCAGGAAGCGAAAGGUCGGAGUGGACAUUUCAGCAUGCACUUAGGAGAGGCCUCCGCCCACACCGCAUUCCGCACCCGAAGAGUGCUAACGACUACUUCCAACUUAUAAAGCACGCCAGUCGGUCGGGAACAGUUGCAAAACCUUACCGACUGUGGUUGCCUUACGCAAUACAUUCGAUUAAACCCAUCACAUACCACCCAAUCAUACCAAGACACGUAUCACCAACAACCGAGGCCUAUUUUCAACGCACAAUGUCACCACCAUAGUUAAUUAUGCCGCCCACAGAACCCCGCCCAGUGAUAGACUACGCCGGGCAGUCUAACUCUACGACCAAAAGGCUGCCUAUUUGACUCUCAGCAAAGUCUUCGCUAAGUAAUCAUUUCUCACCAACCAGACUGUAGAUUCGUAACAAGAUCAAUGCAGCAAUCUGCCUGCUGUAGAACCAAGACUGGUUAAAAAGCAAUAACGCUACCUUCUGUUUCAGAACAUGCAUCACGAAGAUUUUCAUUGUACGGUCUAAUUCUUCCGUAAAUAACAUUGCACAUAACUGCACCGAAUAUAUCGACAAGUUCCUAAAGUUCACCUCGGCCCCUCAGAAUCGUCCCACACUUUUGCGCUCUCAUGCAAGUUUGUCCAGCUUAAUUGCACAUGAGUGCUGGAUAGUUUAGGAAAAUAACUGCGUCUUUCUGUUUCCCGUUUUAGCUCACGAGCGUAUCAAGAACUCUAUAGUGGAAUGGUAUGUUGAUAUUCUUGUUUAAUUUCUGAGGAAAUUAAUGCGCGGACUUGGAGUAAAUCCUUCGGAACUGGCAUUUUCAGACAGGGGCCGAAAUUUGAUAUGAACUUUUGAGCUGAAAUUCAUCAGCUACUGCUGAAUAACCGCGUAAUAUUCACAAACCGCCAACAGGCAACCAGUAGUAUAGAAGUGUGCAAUUAUCUACCAUCCUGACAACACAGGUACAAGCUAAAAACUCAGACACGCGUGUCUCGCAGAUCUUGUGUCGCUGCCCGACGCGGCUGCGAGGGGUUCGGCUCAUCAGUGGGCCCCCCAGUCUUGCCCAUGUGUUUUCUGGUAUAUGAACUCCAGUCUGACCAGAAAAAUGCGUGGAGGGCUGCAGGGGCCCACUGACGAGCCGAACCCCCCACAGCUGCGUCAGGCAGCGGCACAAGAUCGGCGAAACACGCAUGACUGGGUUUUUAACUUGUACCCGUUUGGUCAGUACGGCAAAUAACUACACAAUUUUAUAUUGAUAUCCGUCGAACCCUGUUUCUAUAUGCGUCUAACCCCAGUCAGUCUUCGAAGGUCAUUCCCUACCAUCAAACGUGUCAGCAGUUGUCAGUCUGUCUGGUGCAGUUAUUCACACUACUGGCUCAAAUGCUGCCGUGCAGCCGUUAUUGGCGCCCCCGUCCGUCUUUUCACUGAUCUCCCAUGAAUGAGACGCGACAAGUCGCACGAAAAAUCGCCCAAAGGUCAAAUACCCGUCUAAGAGUGUUUCGCUGGUUCUACAGUCGAUUUUCAGGCCUAGGAGUUCAUGACCCUGAAGGCGAAAGUGUCCAGAAGCUGUUCGGUAUCCCAUCACUAAGAAUGACGGGUCCAUCCUAACCCUAAUAUUUCCUUAAUCGCCAACCGGUCUCCUCGACGUAUCUCACUUCGUAGGAACAACACCCGGCGCUGUAAACAUGUCGCAUUCCACCUCGUGACAGGGAGGCUGUGGGUUUUUUCUCAAAAUCAGUGUGCAACACUGAACGCCGCCACAGGUAAUGCAUCACGUCAGCGGGAGGAAGAGCAGUCGAAGAGCCAGGAAACAUCCGACUUCUGCAACGAGGUCUGGAUAGAUGUCCCGGGAGCAGUGAUGCGCCACUGUGACCAUUGCUAAUCUUACUUACGACAGGACUAUCCUCUGAACGGUUCUUGCUGAAAAUGUGUUUGAUGCGGAUCCUAGGUCAGGCUGGUCGGAGUGUUGGUUCACUGAGGAGGACCAACCAGAUAGUGCUAAAGGAUGACGCUCAUGGGGAGUCAAACAUAGGGGAAUACUAAUUAGCAGCAGACUGGAAACACGCCCUCAGCAGCUCAGGGGCAAGGCACAAGGCACAAAAUCGGGAGAUCGACGGUUCAGACUCGUCUGGUGGAGCAUGUUUUCGGGCUAUUUGAGUUCUCUAACUUCUGGUUGCCAGUUAUAACUUAAAAGUACUUCAGAAGUUCAAAAAUGACAACGCUACACAUACACAAGGUAACAACAAUAGCUAUUAUAGGCUGGUCGCGAUGUGAUAACUGGCUGGACAUUAAAGUUAUGAACUGGCCUGGAGUCUAAGGAAGCGUUUUCCGCCUACAUUUCAAACAGACGACUUGUUGAUCAAUCCGGUGCCUGUUACGAGGGGAUUUAGGAUUAACAGCAACAAUUCUGCACCAACAAGCUACUCACAUGUCCUUGACCUUGACUUCUGGUACAAAUAAUGUCAAUACAGGUGGGCUGGCGACCUAUCUAACGCUGUGCAAGAAAAUCGUCAAAGCCAAGGGCUUCGGUUGUUUCAUUUUCUUCCAGAAGGCUCCUGUAACAUCUUUGCGUGCACUACAGCAAAAUAUUCACUACGGCCUGAAUUAUGUUUUUGUUUCUACAGAAGGGCGUGUUGAUUUCUCUCAUCUUACGUUUCGAGUAGUGAUUUCGUCUACCCAUCUUCAGAAACUAGGUGAUGUGCACAGCUCACUUUAUAUGGCGCACUUGAUGCAUGACCCGUCACUGCCGACUGUGGAGGUGCUUCGGAUCCUCAUUUCACCGUGACCUGUAGCCCCGACCCUCGACCACGGCGAUUGUUUCACGGGCCGGCGGAUUGUCGAGUCAGGCCCGCGAGCAACUCCUAUUUCGACUGGCUCGAGGGAUCUAGCUACGGUUUCGGCGACCUCUUCAUACACAGAGUACUUCGCCAUGAUUUCGGCUGGCUAA